AUGGAAGCGGUACGAUUCAUAUUUCCACCCACCCCUGUCUGGAAGAGCGAAAGACUGAUUGAAGAUAAUACAGGGAUUUGUCCAGCCGGCUACAAUUGCGGCACAGGAGUUGCUGCCAAUCGCUGCUGUCCUCCAGGAAUAACGAUGCAACAAUGUGCCCAAGUCGAAGUCAUUGGAAAAGCGAGCACCGUGGCCGCCGAUACCACGACCAGGGACCCAAAGUCGACCAAAAAGCCAAGUAAGACUACAUCCAAGCCCAAAUCGACAAAGGCAAGCACCACCACGGCCUCCUCCAAGAAAAAGAAAGCCAGUCAAACACCAUUUGAUCCUUUGGCAGUCCUCAUCAUUUGA